GCGAAGGGGGGGCGGGGGGGACCGUCGGACAUGCGGCUCUGGAGUUGGGUGCUGCGCCUGGGGCUGCUGAGCGCCGCGCUGGGCUGCGGGCUGGCCGAGCGCCCCCGCCGGGCCCGGAGAGACCCGCGGGCCGGCCGCCCCCCGCGCCCCGCCGCCGGCCCGGCCACCUGCGCCACCCGGGCGGCCCGCGGCCGCCGCGCCUCGCCGCCGCCGCCGCCGCCGCCGCCGCCGGGCGGUGCCUGGGAAGCCGUGCGCGUCCCCCGGCGGCGGCAGCAGCGGGAGGCGAGGGGCGCCGCCGAGGAGCCGAGCCCGCCGAGCCGGGCGCUCUAUUUCAGCGGGCGAGGCGAGCAGCUGCGCCUCCGGGCCGACCUCGAGCUGCCCCGGGACGCGUUCACGCUGCAAGUGUGGCUGCGAGCGGAGGGGGGCCAGAGGUCUCCGGCGGUGAUCACAGGGCUAUAUGACAAAUGUUCUUAUACCUCGCGUGACCGAGGAUGGGUCGUGGGCAUUCACACCGUCAGUGACCAAGGCAACAGAGACCCACGCUACUUUUUCUCCUUGAAGACAGACCGGGCCCGGCAAGUGACCACCAUCAGUGCCCACCGCAGCUACCUCCCAGGCCAAUGGGUUUACCUCGCUGCCACCUACGAUGGGCGGCUGAUGAAGCUCUACGUGAACGGUGCCCAGGUAGCCACCUCUGCGGAGCAGGUGGGCGGCAUAUUCAGCCCGUUGACACAGAAGUGUAAAGUGCUCACGCUGGGAGGCAGUGCUCUGAACCACAACUACCGGGGCUACAUCGAGCGCUUCAGUCUGUGGAAGGUGGCCAGGACGCAGCAGGAGGUGCUGUCGGACAUGGAAACCCGUGGCCUCCACACCCCUCUACCUCAGCUCCUCCUCCAGGAGAACUGGGACAAUGUGAAGCGCGCCUGGUCCCCCAUGAAGGACGGCAGCAGCCCCCAGGUGGAACUCAGCAGUGCCCACGGCUUCCUGCUGGACACCAGUUUGGAGCCUCCUCUGUGCGGGCAGACCCUGUGUGACAACCCAGAGGUCAUUGCCAGCUACAACCAGCUCCCGCACUUCCGCCGGCCCAAGGUGGUGCGCUACCGCGUGGUCAACCUCCACGACGACAGCCGCGCAAACCCCACGGUGAGCCGCCAGCAGAUCGACUUCCAGCACCGUCAGCUGGCCGAGGCCUUCAAGCACUACAACAUCUCCUGGAAGCUGGAGGUGCUGGAGGUGAACAACUCGUCCCUGCGCCACCGCCUCGUCCUGGCCAACUGUGACAUCGGCAAGAUCGGGGACGAGAACUGCGACCCUGAGUGCAACCACACGCUGACCGGCCACGAUGGCGGCGACUGCCGUCACCUGCGCCACCCCGCCUUCUUGAAGAAGCAGCAGAAUGGAGUGUGCGACAUGGACUGCAACUAUGAAAGGUUCAACUUCGACGGUGGGGAGUGCUGUGACCCCGAGAUCACCGAUGUCACCAAGACGUGCUUCGAUCCCGACUCUCCACACAGAGCAUACUUGGAUGUUAAUGAACUGAAGAACAUUCUCAGACUGGAUGGAUCAACGCACCUCAAUAUCUUCUUUGCAAACUCCUCGGAGGAGGAAUUGGCAGGAGUAGCAACUUGGCCAUGGGACAAAGAGGCCCUAAUGCACUUAGGUGGCAUUGUCUUGAACCCGUCUUUCUAUGGCAUUCCUGGGCACACACACACCAUGAUCCACGAGAUCGGGCACAGCCUGGGUCUCUAUCACAUCUUCCGAGGCAUCUCAGAAAUCCAGUCUUGCAGUGACCCCUGCAUGGAGACAGAGCCCUCCUUUGAGACCGGAGACCUCUGCAGUGACACCAACCCAGCUCCAAAACACAAGUUGUGUGGCGACCCAGGACCAGGGAAUGACACCUGUGGCUUUCAUAGCUUCUUCAACACUCCUUACAACAACUUCAUGAGCUAUGCAGAUGACGAUUGCACUGACUCCUUCACGCCCAAUCAAGUCGCCAGAAUGCACUGUUACCUGGACCUGGUGUACCAGAGCUGGCAGCCCUCCAGGAAGCCGGCGCCUGUCGCCCUCGCCCCCCAGAUUGUGGGCCACACGACCGACUCUGUGACGCUAGAGUGGUUCCCGCCCAUCGAUGGCCACUUCUUUGAAAGAGAAUUGGGAUCAGCAUGUGACCUUUGCCUGGAAGGGAGAAUCCUGGUGCAGUAUGCCUUUAACGCCUCCUCCCCAAUGCCCUGUGGUCCCUCUGGACACUGGAGUCCUCGGGAAGCAGAAGGUCAUCCAGAUGUUGAGCAGCCCUGUAAGUCCAGUGUCCACACCUGGAGCCCAAAUUCAGCUGUCAACCCACACACAGUCCCUCCAGCCUGCCCUGAGCCACAAGGCUGCUACCUAGAACUGGAAUUCCGCUACCCCUUGGUCCCUGAGUCUUUGACCAUCUGGGUGACCUUUGUCUCCACUGACUGGGACUCUAGUGGGGCUGUCAAUGACAUCAAACUGUUGACUGUCAGUGGGAAGAACAUCUCUCUGGGCCCUCAGAAUGUCUUCUGUGAUGUCCCACUGACUAUCAAACUCCGGGAUGUGGACGAGGAUGUGUACGGUAUCCAGAUCUACACACUGGAUGAGCACCUAGAGAUUGAUGCAGCCAUGCUGACCUCCGUCGCAGAUAGCCUGCUCUGCCUAGAGUGUGAGCCCCUGAAAUACAAGGUGGUCCGCGACCCUCCUCUUCAUGUGGACGCGGCCUCCGUCCUACACUUUAAUAGAAGAUUCACGGACAUGGAUCUGAAUCUUGGCAGUGUGUACCAGUACCGGGUCAUCACCAUUUCGGGAAGUGAAGAGAGUGAGCCAUCGCCCGCUGCCGUGUACAUCCAUGGAAGUGGGUACUGUGGCGAUGGCAUUAUCCAGAAAAGCCAAGGUGAAGCAUGUGAUGACAUGAAUAAGAUCAAUGGCGACGGCUGCUCCCUUUUCUGCCAACAGGAGGUUUCCUUCAAUUGUAUUGAUGAACCCAGCCGUUGCUAUUUCCAUGAUGGCGAUGGGGUAUGUGAAGAAUUUGAACAAAAAACUAGCAUCAAGGACUGUGGAGUCUACACGCCACAGGGGUUCCUGGAUCAGUGGGCAUCCAAUGCUUCUGUAUCCCAUCAGAACCAGCAGUGCCCAGGCUGGGUCAUCAUCGGCCAACCAGCCGCAUCCCAGGUGUGUCGAACCAAGGUGAUAGAUCUCAGUGAAGGCAUUUCCCAGCACGCCUGGUACCCCUGCAUGAUCAACUAUCCAUACUCGCAGGUGACUCAGACCACAUUCUGGCUCCGGGCGUACUUUUCUCAGCCAAUGGUUGCGACAGCAGUCAUUGUCCACCUGGUGACUGAUGGGACCUAUUAUGGGGACCAAAAGCAGGAGACCAUCAGCAUCCAGCUACUCGAUACCAAAGAUCAGAGCCACGAUCUAGGCCUCCAUGUCCUGAGCUGCAGGAACAAUCCGCUGAUUAUCCCCGUGCUCCAUGACCUCAGCCAGCCCUUCUACCACAGCCAGGCGGUGCGUGUGAGCUUCAGUUCACCCCUGGUUGCCAUCUCGGGGGUGGCCCUUCGCUCCUUCGACAACUUUGACCCCGUCACCCUGAGCAGCUGCCAGAGAGGGGAGACCUACAGCCCUGCUGAGCAGAGCUGUGUGCACUUUGCAUGUGAAGCCACCGAUUGCCCAGAGCUGGCUGUGGAGAACGCUUCUCUCAACUGCUCUAGCAGUGACCGCUACCACGGUGCCCAGUGUACCGUGCGCUGCCAGAUGGGCUAUGUACUCCAGAUACAGCGGGACGACGAGCUGAUCAAGAGCCAGACAGGACCCAGCGUUACAGUGACCUGCACCGAGGGCAAAUGGAACAAGCAGGUGGCAUGUGAGCCAGUGGACUGUGGCAUCCCGGACCAGCACCACGUCUACGCUGCCUCCUUCUCCUGCCUCGAGGGCACCACCUUUGGCAGCAAAUGCUCCUUCCAGUGCCGUCACCCUGCACAGCUGAAAGGUAACAACAGCCUCCUGACCUGUAUGGAAGACGGGCUGUGGUCCUUCCCGGAGGCCCUGUGUGAGCUCAUGUGCCUGGCCCCACCUCCGGUGCCCAACGCAGACCUCCAGACAGCCCGAUGCCGAGAGAACAAGCACAAGGUGGGCUCCUUCUGCAAGUACAAGUGCAAACCUGGAUACCACGUGCCUGGGUCCCCUCGGAAGUCAAAGAAACGGGCUUUCAAGACUCAGUGCACCCAGGAUGGCAGCUGGCAGGAGGGAGCUUGUGUUCCUGUGACUUGCGACCCACCUCCACCAAAAUUCCAUGGGCUCUACCAGUGCACCAAUGGCUUCCAGUUCAACAGCGAGUGUAGGAUCAAGUGUGAAGACAGUGAUGCUGCCCAGGGACGUGGGAGCAAUGUCAUCCACUGCCGGAAAGAUGGCACCUGGAGUGGCUCCUUCCACCUCUGCCAGGAGAUGCAAGGCCAGUGCUCGGCCCCGGACCCACUCAGCAGCAACCUCAAGCUGCAGUGCCCCGAAGGCUAUGCCAUAGGGUCGGAGUGUGCCACCUCGUGCCUGGACCACAACAGCGAGUCCAUCAUCCUGCCAGUGAAUGUGACGGUACAGGACAUCCCCCACUGGCUGAACCCCACGCGGGUGGAGAGAGUUGUCUGCACGGCUGGUCUCAAGUGGUACCCUCACCCUGCUCUGAUCCACUGUGUCAAAGGCUGUGAGCCCUUCAUGGGAGACAAUUACUGUGAUGCCAUCAACAACCGAGCCUUCUGCAACUAUGACGGUGGAGACUGCUGCGCCUCUACAGUGAAGACUAAAAAGGUCACUCCCUUCCCUAUGUCCUGUGACCUACAAGGUGACUGUGCUUGUCGGGACCCCCAGGCCCAAGAACACAGCCGGAAAGACGUCCGGGGCUACAGCCAUGGCUAAGGAAGGACAAGGAGUUGUCAAAGAAUUCCCAGUGCCAGGACCCGCAUCCCUUUGGUAUUGAUUUCACAGUCAGCUGCUCAACGGAAUGGCCUCUCCACACCAGGGGUCCUUAGCACCCAACCAGUCUGCCUUUAAUUUCACCCAGGAAGGACUCAUGAUGGGGGGUGGGGGGUGCGUGAAACAAGUCUUGCCAUGUUGAAUGAUAGAAUGGAAUCCCAUCCCAAAGUCUUACACAGGGACUGCCUAUACAGCAUGCAGUCCCGGAACCUCCUUAAAGUCUAACCAUUCAUCCCACGACCACAGCAAGAACCACGUUUUGUCUGUAGGAGUGUGCACAUUUGCGGUCGGUACACAUACACACAUGCACGCACACCCAUGCAAAACACCCGUGCGAGGGCAGUUUGGGAGACUGAGCAGAGAGAGGCUAGAACAGACUCACUCUUCCCUUUCCCAAGAUCCUAGCCAACACUGUACUUGGGAGAAAGGGAGUUGCAGAAACCGCUAAGACCAAGUGUUGAGAUGCCAAGAUAACUCACACUCGGAGGCUUGGAAUAUGGAAGGCAUGAACAAUUGUACCACCCUUUGGGAUUGGAAAUGAGAUGGUUUCUCAUCACCUACCUUCUAGGGAAGUAGGACCCAGGAAGAGGUAAAGAAACCAAGGUAUGCAAAGCCCCCCACCAGAUUCCUCUGCUUGCCAUGGAGGGAUUUUACCAGCUUCAGGGUUUGAGGCCAAGCUGGAGAUGGCUUAAGAUUGCAAUGUCAAGGUAUUACAACAGCCCCCUGCUUGAGGCUUGAGGCCAUAAUAUCCCUCCAGAACUCACCCACUUCCCAAAUCUUGCCUUGGGACCACACUUGCUGCUACUUUUCCUGCUGCUCUAUCCUAGACAUUGAGUACCCCCAAAGUGGUAGGACUAGGUUAGGAAAAACCCCACACAACCAAACAGUCUGCCUUAAAGGUGAACCAUAGUUUCCCACUGCUCCUCACUUCUUGGCCCUUCUGCAAGAGAAAAACCCUCACUGGCCCACAUGGUGAAAAGUGAAGUCCCCCAUGGGUGGGCUGCUCAUCAGAGAAGGGAGCUGAGGGCCUUGGAUGCCGGACCUCCUCACUGAGAGUCCAGAAGGUCUUAGCCAGUGUUAGAUUUUAUAAUCCCGUGGAACAGUGUUAAGUUUCUGUGGUGUUAGAGCCAUCCAAAGCUGCUGGAAUUGUAGGGACCAGAGCUGUUAUCGUUACCCAGGCCUUCCAGGCCCUCGUGGAGAAAGCGGGCCUUGGUCCUGAGACCUCACUGCUGCCCUGAGUAGCUAUAACUCUGAAAGAGAGAAUCAUCUUGGAUAUGAUCAGUCUAGACUGUGUUCAAGGGGCCAUCAGCGGGAAGCUGAAGGGUUCCCAGCCUCAGGCCCCAGUGACCGACAGGGCCAUCACGUUUUCCACACAGUUUACCAGCUACCAGUAGCCCCUCCACACCUGUGGCUAGGCGGCCCUUCCCUCUCCCCCAGGUUCAGGAUCAAAAAGUUAAGAGGAAAUUAGUCAAAUGCACACGGAAGCCCCCACCUCUUUGGGGUCCUCUUUUCAGACAGUUAUCUGUCCACUCCUUCUGGAUUAAAAUGGAAAGAGAUUAAUACAGAAUGGAAAUGGAAAAUGGAGAGAACGGUUAAGUUUGACAAUUUCUGAGACCUGGAACUCAAGAACUGAGGCCACAGGAGGGUCUAGAUGUUUAGCAUAACAAUUGCUGUAAAUCAAGUCAUCCCAAAGACAACCAAAAAAAGACAAAAGAACAGAGUCUAAAAGAAGAAUAGAAAAUCCCAGGCAUGUGCACUGAGCCUCCUCAUUCCUGCAGCCAAGGCAGGCAUUGUGGAUCAGGCACAGCCCUUUUUCCUAAGAGGACCAAAAAUAACUUCAGAAACCUUACUCUGUCACUCCGCACAGCAGUCACCUGCUGAUCAAGAACACCUGAGAAGACAUCAAUUAGCCAUCUGUGGUCUGUUAUAUUAAAUAUAUCAAGGUGCUUUUUGCACAGGGGCCCACAAAUAAGGAGGCGGUGCCUAGUUUCAUGUGGCUUGCAUCAUAUUGAAAACUCUGAGAUGAGGUUUCAGAAUGGAGAGGCUGACACCAUUGUUAAGGUCAGGCACAAACCCUUUUAUGUUUCCUCCUUAAAAAAGACUCCUGUCUCAUUUAUAUUCAGAACAUAUUUCUUCUGUAAUCACCGGGGCCAAUCUUUAGCAAAAUAAUAAUGGAAGAAUUGAUAGCAUUUCAUACCCCUCCCCAGCAUGGUAGAACUCAUGCUAAUUCUUAAAGCCCCUCCAUUGCCCUAGGUGAAUUGCCAACCUGUGCAGUUAGCUUAGAAGAUACAAACUAACAAAGGUAGCAGCUUCAGCCCUUCCAGUUCGUUUAGCAUACCAAUUAGUAAUGUAGAAAACCUGGGAGACCCAAAGAUGAUAUUAGUAAUGGUAGGGUUGCAGGAACCACAGAAUUUCCCCAGCUUCCCUUAAAUGGACCCUCCUCAUCUAUUCACCCUUCCCUCUGAUCCUCACCUAUCCACACACUCUCCAGCUGAGCAGCGUCCAGAAAGUCUGACUUCUAUCUUCAGACCCACAGAUUGAGUUGAGCAAAGAUCUGCCCAGGCUCCUUCUUACCAUCAUUAUUCAAACCUGUUACAAAUUCAUAUUUGUUGCCAAGGAUAUUAGGCAAGAAAGACUGUGUGAUUGAUGGCUGGCCUCAUGCCCACAAGCAUAGCGUAAUUAAUUGGCCCUUCUCAACACGUUGUGAAGGAGGGUCACUUUUAUUCAUGCAGUGCACUGAUUUCCCGUUUGUCUUUCUGGGAAUAAGCCCAUUCUCUUAUCCCUUCAAUCAGCUCCUGUUUAGGAUAACAGAGUACUCACAAGGAGGCAGUUCUAAGCACUAUUGUCUAUCAGCAGCUCAGGGCCCCAUAAGCACCUGGGGGUUCUGGGUCUGAAGAAGUAUUAGCCUGUUAGCAGCAAGAAAGAGAGAUGUGGUGGUGGCCAGUUCCCUGAGCCCUAUCUUGGGAAACCUUUCCAAGCCACAGCCCUCAUUGCAUUUCCAGAGGACUUGCAUUACCCCUAGAUUCUGUGCCAACCACCUCCUAAGGGAAAACAGUCCUCGGGAAGUCCAUUUUGGCGGCUGAAUUGGGGAGCUAAGGAAGGGCAAGGCCAAUGGUUGUAACUAGUAGGGCUUUAAGGGUGGAGCAUCUCAGCUGCUGCUCCAGGCUUCAGCAUGUUGAGUCACUGCCUAGACAGUCCCCUUGGUCUUAUUCCCAUCUUGACCAAUGCUUAAAUGCUAUGUGUUGAAAAAUACUUCUUUGAGACAGACUUCAGCUACCUCCCUUCCAGGUUUGAUUUAACUUGGUUGUAACUGUCAAUUUGUUAUAGGUCUUACCUGUGUUUAAAAAAGGAGAGAGAGAGAAAGAAAAGGAAAAAAAGGAAAGAGGAAAGAAAGGAAACCAUAAAUUCAAGUUAACAGUUUUGAGAGAGAGAGAGAGAGAGAGAGAGAGAAAGAGAUAGAGAGAGAGAGUGAGAGAGAGAGAGAGAGAGAGUGUGUGUGUCUGGAACUACAAGUGGGAAAAUAAAAAGAAGAAAUUGAUGACAAAGCUGUACAGAUAGAGAUAAUAGAGGACAGAGAGGUUGAAAGGAAAUAAAAAUGCAUGAUUAAAUAUAAGAAUUUUUUAAAAAACCUAUUUUUGUGCUUCCUAAAGAAACUGUUUAUUCCACAGACCAAGUAGGUAGACACCGCAUAAAGAGUUCCCUAGCAGGAGACAGAGAGCAGGGUUUUAUGACGCUGCUGUUUUCUGUACAUUGUGGUAGGUCCAGGAAAUAAGGCACCUUCCCCCCUUGAUAUGUAGUUGCUAUAGGGGGGAGCAUUUUGUCUGUUUGUCUGGUGGCAGUCAGUGGUAGUAGGGAGUAGUGGGGGGUGGCUUGAAAUUGGUUUUACCAAAUAUUAAGGGGACAUAUUGUGUCGUACUGUUCACAUUACAAAAUGUGUGUCUUUACCAGUAGAGCGCUGGGCUUUCUAAAGGCCGCACUUAGAAUCACUCUGCACCGUCCACUUUCCUAAAAAGCUGCUACAUGACCAGACAGGUAAUUCCCAUGGUUCUGGAGAAACAAAAUAAAAUAAGCCAAGCAAACAACAAACAUAAAAACUAAAUAGCAAAUGAAUAAAAGCCUAUUCUUUUCAUUUACUCAAGUUUUGCCCAGCCCCUACCAACUGUUUGAUCUUCAAGUAAAUGUGUACUAGCCAAGAGAAUGAUGUCCCUAGAGCAAGAACCUCGCAUUGUUGACUGAGCAGCAGUUUGCUCAUGUGAUCGUGAAUGAGUCACCAGAUUGCCUCUCCACUUGUCUCAGAAUCUCCAGCUGAAAAAUGGGGGCACUACCACUUACCUACCUCACAGCGGGAUGGCAGGGGUUGGUGAGGCCCUGAGGCUCUAAAGGGGCUAUGGCAAUCUGUGAGAGCUGAAGCGUGACGCAGAGGCCAUGAGGUUACUUUUCAAGGAUGCACAGGCCCACUGGCCAUUCAAGAAAGACAGGGCAUGCUGUUUUGAUAUCUCAAGGAAUAAAGCUGGAAUUCCUGGAUUUUAUAAUCCACUUUAAGAGAGAGGCUUGUUAUGGGGAGUAUUUCAUUCAUAGGUGAAUUGGAUUUUCCCCCUUACUCUGGCCUUGACCAGUUCUAUAAUUCGGUUAAAAGCCAAUUACUUCCUACAGUGUAGAAAUCUGUCUGUUCAAGGCUUAUGGGCCAUUUCCAAUGUUACACAGGAAGGGAGUCCCUAAAAAUCUCUUCUCAGACUUAAUAUUCCACAUCGAGUGUUCCAUGAAAAGAAAUACGGCAUUCUGAGUGAAAACAACUCGGCGCUUCUUAAACUAACACACCAGCAGUCAGUGAGGAGAAUUUUAAACAAUUCUUGAUUUGCUUUCUUGGGUCUCUAUAAUCAAUAACCUGUCCGCAGAUAUCUAUCUAUAUAAAGAUAUUAUAUAUAAAUACAAAUUUACAUAUAUAUGCACAUGUAUAUAUAGUUGUACAUAUAUGUGUGUAUAUAUAUACUUAAAUGUAAUAUUUACAAAAUAAAACUGUGAUCUCGUCUAGAGAAAAUGUAUUCAUAUUACCAACUGCUCUUCCAUAUUUAUGUAUCAUAUACCUUUUUAUUACUGUUAUAAUUGUUAUGGGUAUUUCUAAUUAUUAUGAUGUUGAAAUCUGUUUGGUACCUUCUGGAAACCACCAAAAAAUGACUCUCCAUUGAAGUGCUUAAAAUCUGUUCUCAUGAGAAUUCUACUGGCUUACUAUUAAAAAAAAAAGAAAAAAAAAAGAAAACAGUCUAAACACCAAAAACAAAACACGAUUCCAAUCCUUUCUCUGUACCUCACAUGCAUAAAUUUGCUGCUCCUAUUUUGGGUUUUAUUUUUUUUCCUGUUUAUGUGUUUUUAUGGAUCUAAGUUAAAUCUUCCAGCAAUAUAUAAAAAUGUAAAUAGUAAACUUUAUUUAUUAAGAAUGUCAUCUUUUUUAAUUUAUAUUUACACAGUUGUUCAUCUAAUUUAUUUUUUCUAUACGGUUUAAAUUCUCAAGACAUAUUUUGCUGUUCAUAAUAUUUUUAUCCUGUUCUCAUGGAUUUGUUCUCCCAUACUGUUUUCUCUGGUCUCAAUUACAGGUUGGAUCUCACACAAAAAAAUAAUGUCAAAGACAGAAAUAUUUUGCCACUGUUGAUGACUAUACCUUAAAAUUCUAUAUUAUGAAAAUAUAUAAUAGCUUGUA